GGGUCGGACUGCUGCUUCCUCGUCUUCGACGUCACGUCCGCCAGCUCCUUCGAAGGCCUGGAGAAGUGGCACAAGCAGCUCUUCCUGCAGAUCGAGCCGGGGGAAGACGGGCCCUUCCCCGUCGCCGUCAUUGGGAACAAGACAGACCUGGAGAAACGCGAGGUGUCUACGGAGCAAGGGGAAGAGUGGAGCCGGCUUCACAAAGCGGAGUACUUUGAGACCAGCGCCAAGGCCGCCACCAACGUCCAGGAGGUGUUUGAGUGGGCCGUGCGGGCCGUCCUGAGGAAC